AUGCCCGCUUGCCUCUGCAUCCCGCUUUAUGAACUCUCUAUUAUUGCUAUCCAGGAAAAGGCAAAACGCGAGGCCGAGGAAGCCGCCAAGAAGACACGCAAACCUGGCCAGAAGAGGAAGGGCCUUGGUGGUUUGUCACCCGAAAAGAAGAAGCUUCUCAAGGUUGGUAAACUUGCAUAUUUCACUGUGUUGGCUUCAUCCUCACGGAUGUUGCCAGACUCUUUGCCACUGCCUAAGAAAGCUCUGGCAAAGCCCAAUCUUGACAUUUUUUUAAAAUUCAAAUUUCAGCAACUUAUCAUGCAAAAGGCGGCUGAUGAGAUGCGAAAUGAAAUGAAGAGGCGUCAAGAGGAGAAGGAAAAUUACCUGCGCUCAAAGGUGCAACCCCUGUCUCUUGAAGGCAUGGAUGACGCCGCCGUUAUUAAGAAGAUCAAGGAGCUCUACGAACGCAUGAAGGCUCUUGAGGGCGAUAAGUAUGACUGGGAGGUAAAGAUUCGGCGACAGGACUUUGAGAUCAACGAGCUGACAAUCAAAGUCAAUGAUGUCAAAGGAAAAUUCGUCAAACCUGUCCUCAAAAAGGUCUCCAAGACCGAGAACAUGGGCCGCUUCGAAAAGAAGGAAAGCCAAUCCCUUGCCUCCUUCCGCAGCCAGCUGAAAUCGACUGGCCAAAACAAAUUCGCGUUAGAGGAGAAGGAUGAAGGCGUCCACAAACCAGAAUGGCGAGACCAGCUGAAACCUACUGCUGAAGAGGCCGCGGCCAAGGCAGAGGGUGAGGUCAAAGAAUGA